GCCUCAGUGCUGCGUCAUUCACAAUAUUCUUUAUGUCCAUAAUCGUUGAGUGGCACUCAAUUAUUUUCUCCAGCAUUGGUGCAAUAUUUGGUAUUGUGUUAGGAAUUGAGGUUAUCGAUCCGUUGAUGACAGCAGCGCAGAAAAAAAUGGCAUUUGUUUCGGUCUUUUUCUCAUUCGCGCUCACGCUAUUUAUCCUGAAUAUGGAGAAAAAGCGGAAAACAUUUGACCAAAUACAGCACUUCACAGCGCUCAAAGCAGUUAUUCUGAUCGUGAAUGGGUUCUUUGGAGGUAUUAAAUGCUCGCCCAUACUCAUCUACAGUUGGCACAGUCCAUUAACAGGUAUAUUCACUGGUGUCGCCGGUUCCGGGGUGGACAUAUGUUCGUUUUCAAUGCUUACACUGCUAUUUCGGAUCAACGAAAAGGUCGCUACGCCAACGUCAGUCGUUUUGAUGGCUGCUAACAGUAUCGUAGGGUUUUUUUGGAGAGAAAAAAUGCAGCAAAACAUCUCGCAGGUACAUUUUUCUCAUUUAUUCACUCGAUUUCUGAAAAACUCGUUCCGAUUCAUAAUUUCCUCAAUAAGAAUCCCGUGAGU